AUGGAUGUUGACAAGGAGAUUGCCGUUGCAAAUUUUUCUUCUCCCCCUGUGCUCAUACUUCCUCCUCUCGCAUUCUUAUAUUCCGGAAAUCAGCUUUCAUUCCUAUGGAUGGGAAAUCAGCUUUCUUGCGUUGUGCCCAAAUCUGUUGAUAAAUCUGAGGCAUAUCAUAUCUACAUUUUGGAUUUUGAUUCCGGAAAAUGGUCUCUUUAUCAUGAGACCGAACCUCUUCAUUUUGAUUUUGUGGCUGAUUGUGGCCGUAGGUUUACUAUUUUAUUUAUUUCAUUUCGUUUCUGGAUCCUCGAUCAAAUCAUCUUUCAAAUAGUUAUAGGGCCGUGGAAAAUUGAAAACAUGCCUAAAGGCAGGUACACCAUGCAUUUUAGUUACAGUGUUGGGACUAGAAAAUUCACAAAGAUGGAGGGCAUUACCACGGCCAAUCAUGAUGUAUGGCUUCACACCAACAGUCUAAUUUCAUUGUCGACUACUCCAACAUAG